GUUUGUCUUGUCGCGGCUAGUUCAACAGCUCCUCCAGCUAGCAACUGGGCGGAAAUGCCAGCCACUGUGUAUAGCGGGAAAUACAAGUGUUGAAGUCUGCUUCCGGUUUCGAUGUCUGUGCAAAUUGUAAAGUGAUAAAAAAUUGUAUAAAUUGAAACUCAAUUAGACAAGUGCUUAGCGUAUUUUCCGUUAAACAUUCAAGAGUUUACAGACACGUGGACUUGCAAAAAAAAAAGAAUAUAAAAUUAAACACGGAAGCCACGAAAUCGCAAAUAUAAGCACAAUAAAUAAUUUUUGAAAUUUGAAUGGUAUGUGUUUAUCUGUGUCGCUCAAAUUGCGUCGAAUGGAAAUCAUAAAUUGACCAGACGCCAAAAUCUAUUGAAAAAUUUGCAUCCCAUAAUGACAGCGUUAAAUGCAACACGUGCUAUUUGGGAGCUGGCCACCUUGAUGACAACGACCGCAGCAACAACGCUCUACGACGAUGUUGAUGACAACAACAUCAUCAGCAGCAGCCUCAGUCCCGGCAGCAACAAUACACUGGGCGUCACUGAGACGCCUUAUGUGCCGUAUGCACGCCGACCUGAGACGUAUAUAGUACCAAUGCUAUUUGCGCUGAUAUUCGUUGUUGGCGUGCUGGGCAAUGGAACACUGAUUGUUGUUUUCCUGAGUGUGCGACAAAUGCGAAAUGUGCCAAACACCUAUAUACUCUCCUUGGCCCUGGCUGAUCUGCUGGUUAUUCUCACCACUGUGCCACUGGUGGCCACAGUCUAUGCCGUGGAAUAUUGGCCCUGGGGCAGUUUACUCUGCCGACUCUCCGAGUUCAUGAAAGACGUGUCCAUUGGCGUUUCGGUAUUUACGCUCACCGCCUUAUCAGGUGAUCGCUACUUUGCCAUUGUGGAUCCGUUGCGCAAGUUUCAUGCGCAUGGCGGCGGACGUCGCGCUACACGCAUGACCUUGGCUAUUGCUGUUGCUAUUUGGCUGCUGGCCAUUGUCUGCGGUCUGCCAGCUCUAAUUGGCAGCAAUCUCAAGCCCAUGGGCAUUAAUCCGGAAAAGUCCAUAAUCAUAUGUUAUCCCUAUCCAGAUGCUUGGGGUUUUAACUAUGCCAAGCUAAUGGUUAUGAUGCACUUUCUGGUCUACUAUGCCAUACCCUUGGUAAUCAUUGCUGUAUUCUAUGUGCUAAUUGCUCUGCACUUAAUGUACUCAGCAAAUGUGCCGGGAGAAAUGCAAGGAGCUGUGAGACAGGUUCGAGCUCGUCGCAAAGUUGCCGUAACUGUGCUCGCAUUUGUUGUCAUCUUUGGCAUUUGCUUUUUGCCCUACCAUGUUUUCUUCCUUUGGUUCUACUACUGGCCGACGGCACAAGACGAUUAUAAUAUGUUCUGGCAUGUCCUGCGCAUCGUUGGCUUUUGCAUGUCCUUUGCCAACAGCUGUGCCAAUCCGGUGGCGCUGUACUUUGUGAGCGGCGCGUUUCGCAAGCAUUUCAAUAGGUAUUUGUUUUGCCGUGGAGUGAGUGGCAGACGCAACAGACGCAACAACGACACCUUCUGCAUGCAUCGCGACACUUCGCUGACCAGCACCGCCUCGAAGCGCUAUCAGUCCAGGCACUCGUGCUAUCACAGCCUGGUGCGCAGCUGUCGACUGCAGGAGAGCAGCAUUACGACGCUGGCCAAUGGAGGCGGUGGUGGCAAUGGCUUGCCAGCGAUUGCAGCAGUUUCGCAUAAUGAGGCACAGGUCGGCUACGAGUUUGCACCGCUGAGCGAGUUUGGCGCUAUGAAUGAACGCACGGCGCUGGGAGCGUCGCGCAGGCAGCAGCAGGAGUCGCAUUUGAAUUGAGCUAUGGUCCAACAAAGGAGAUUACAGGAAGUCAAGCAGCUUGCUGGAGUGCGGCGCGUGGUUGCCAUAAAAAAAUAAAGUCAAGUCAUCAAAAUCUUUUUAUGCGCGCCAUGCGCCAAACACAAACUUAUGGCUGCAAGCAAAACUUAUUUACAUAUAUUUUGAAUGUUAAUUGUGUCAAGUAUUGCCAAUGGCUUUAAGCUAACAACACAUCAAAAUUCAAUUAGUAUUUAUAAUAAAAAUUAAUGCGCCAGACACGCAUCAAAUCUUCGCUAUGCUAAUCUUUGUUAAAUGUUCUUUAGUUUCUAGUGACAUUUUGUACCUACAAAUUGUAUAUAAACCAAGCACACACAACUAUUAUGCGUAUACUUAUUAUAUUUACUGUACUGCAAAACAAUUAUUCUUGCAAUAAAUGUGAAUUCAAUGUGC